AUGGAAACUGAUUUGGCUCCUAGAGUGGGAAAACAAUUUGAUAAUCUAGAGGAGGCAUGGGGUUUUUGGAAUGAAUAUGCUUCCAGAGUAGGCUUUAGUGCAAGAAAAAAUGGGUUGACAAAGAGUAAAAAAGAUAAGAAGACUAUUAUUGCAUAUAGAUAUAAAUGUUCAAAAGAGGGUGAACGAAGACCAGAUAAAAGGUACACCUCAGCCACCAACCAUCGUCCUGAGACUAGAACCAAUUGUAAAGCUGGAAUGAUAGUUAAUUUAGUGCAAGGUAAAUACGAGAUCACCAGCUUCAUAGAAGAGCAUAACCACCCAUUACAUCUUCAAGAAACAGUGCAUAUGAUGAGAUCUCAACGAAAAAUAAGUGAUGCACAAGCAAAUGAGAGUGAUUUGGCUAGGGAUGCUGGACUUCAACAAAAAACAACAUUUGACCUUAUGAGCAAGCAAGCAGGUGGGCGAGCUAAUCUCAGUUUCACACGAGUUGAUAUGAAAAAUUAUUUGAAGAUUAAACAAAAAAGAAGUAUGGAAAAUGGAGAAGUUGGAUGGUUAUUGAAUUAUAUUGAAGAACAGAUUAUUGAGAACCCUUCAUUUUAUCAUUCAUACCAACUUGAUGUGGAAAAUCAAAUUACAAAUAUUUUUUGGGCUGAUGCUCGUAUGCUUGUAGACUACGCUUAUUUUGGAGAUGUAAUUUCAUUGGACACCACAUAUUGCACAAACCGUAACCAUAGGCCUCUUGCCAUAUUUUCAGGACUUAAUCAUUACAGAGGAAUUAUAAUUUUUGGUGCAACUUUGUUAUAUGAUGAAACCACAGAAUCAUUUAAGUGGUUGUUUGAAACUUUCCUCAAAGCAAACAAGCAAAAGAGGCCUGCAACUAUGUUUACUGACCAAGAUCAAGCAAUGGCAAGAGCACUACAUGAAGUUGUUCCUGAAGUGAAACAUGCAUUAUGCACAUGGCAUAUUGAGCAAAAUGGGAUAAAACAUUUAGGAAAUAAGAUGAAGGGUGGUUCACAUUUUUUGCGGGACUUCAAUAAAUGUAUGUUUGCUAUUGAGGACAAAUCACAAUUUGAAGAAACAUGGGCUUCUCUAAUAUCAUCAUUCAAUUUGGAAGACAACUUAUGGAUGAAGUCUAUAUAUGAAAUCAAAGAGAAAUGGGCAUGGUGUUAUAUGAAAUACUAUAUUACUCUUGGUAUACGUAGCACACAAAUUAGUGAAAGCGUCAAUGCAGAUAUCAAGAGUGUUACAAACCCAAGUCAUAAUAUUGAUGAAUUCUUCAAAAGUUUGAGCGGGUUGUUGCAGAUAAGAGGUAUAAUGAGAUGA